UGUGUUGUUCGAGAAAGUUCAAGUAAAAAACAAAAAUAGAAAAUCCUCUCCAAAGCACAAUAUAUAUAUAUAUAUAUUUUUUAAGAGGACAUGGAGCUUGUUGAGGCCACCGAAGCUGCUCCGAGGUCGAACAGAAUUCGUGGGCUGCGCGAUUCUCUGGUGUGGUUCUUCAGUUUGCCAGCUGUGCAAUAUGCCCAGGUCUCUGUGGUUGUGCUGGGCGAUUUGCUUGCGCUUUCGAGUCUCUAUCCCUCGCACUCAAUGUAUAUAGCGCGACCAUUUCUAAUAUGGAAAUACUAAGGAUCUGUGGAAGGAUGAGAACUUUGCGAAAUAUGAUCGAAAUAACACAUAGGGAGACAAAAUCUUAUGCACUUUUAUAUAUAUAUAUUUUUAUAUACGUUCUCUACGUGGGAGCAUUUCGAACUUGUUUAACGAUCUUCACCUUCAGUUCAAUGCCAAUGCCAGAAUGACGUCAUGUUGGUGUGUGUGUGUCUGGUGUCUGUGUGUGUGUGGACUGCAUCAGCAGCAGAAGCACGUAUCCAAGUCUGGGUCUGUUCCUGUUUUCAAACGCUUCGCCAAAUUAAAUCGACGCACACAUUUUGCGCUCAUUAAAACUUUCGAAAGUUGCGACUUUUUGGGGCCGUCGUCUUUUGUGUCUGGCAAUAAACGUCAAAGGAACCUGUGCAGCAGCGAACUAAGGGGAGUUGUGCAUGCACACACACAAGCACACACACACACACACACACACACACACACACACACGCACACACUACAAAUUGAAAAUUCUCAAAAAGCGGCAGCUUCAUUUUUUUUUUUGUUUUGUUCGUUGAUGUGGCCAAAAAUGGUGUACAGCCUUGCCUUGUACGCAGUCCUACGGCUUGUUUCGUUUUUUGGGAGCUGUUUUUUUUUCACAUUUAAUUUUUGUGGCCGUUGUUGUUGUUAUUCAUUUAUCAGGCUGCCGUUUUUGGUGUGCAUGCGUCAAGGAUGAUUUGUUUUAAUGCAAAGCCAUUGGAGUCAGCAAUAUGUUGGAAUUUCAUUUCGUUUAGCCCCCAACUCUGGACGCUUCCCUUACCUGACUCAUUGUCCGAUUCGCUGUACGCCGUUUAGCACCUACAAAAUACUUUUUGGACAAACACAAACAUCACAAGUGUGCCGCAGGGUGAUUAACACUGUUCGAAAUAAAAAUGUACUCUUCACUUGCAAUUGUGGAUACACCUUUUUGGUCUAUGUAAACCUAUCUAAAAGACAAAAAUAAACAAAUUGGCAUUGUUGACUGGCUUUUA